GUUUUGAUUUUUUGCUCGCCUAACUUUCAUGCGCUACACACAAAAAAAGAGUCGUAGACAUCAGUGGUCGCAAUUGAAAUAAUAAAACGAAAAGAGAUUCAUGUGUUUACUCUGCAGACAGCGCCAUUGUGAUUUCAUAAACUGCUAUUUGCCAAUUGUCAUCGGUAAAUGACGUUAGAUUUCUUCGGCAACCAACAGCUCUGCUGCGGACUACCUUCCCUUCACUUAACUCAACUGAUAUUUCUCUGGAAACAUUCGGUCUCCUGGGCUCUUGCUUAGUGUUUAUCUCUUGAAAUUUAAUUUAUGAAUCUGUUCUGAAUCAUUAUUAGUAUAACGAUACUGUCGUAACUGACAGAAUGGAGCGCUCCAAUGGGCUUUUCUCCACCGAGAGCCUAGAUGGACUUCUCCAGCAGAAAUGGAGUAAUGGACUGGGAGAUGCCAAUCCGGUUUAUUUAUCUAAUAAGCGUAAGCGAGAUGACGUGGGGCAGGAAAAUAACGGUGUACUUAAUGGAAAUACAGAACUCAGAAACUCUCUUUUCUCAGAACCCCCCAGAAGGAACAGACCUUUUAUCCAUAUCAGUGGUCAGAAAGGAGUGUAUUUCUCUGAACGCUGGGAACCCAAUGGCAGCACACUAUACCUCCCUGUCAAUGGUAGUCUUUUGACAAACGUUGACAAGUAUGACCAGAUAACUUUCGAACAAGGCUUGUUCUUCAUCGGAGACUUAUCUGGUGCAUUUCAGCAGAAAGCUCAAGGCCAAGCCAUCCAUUGCUGGAGAUACAAUGAACAUGAGAGAAAACUAUUCAUUGCACUUUCCUACUUCUUCACCAAUUUACAGGCCUUCCAGGAUGUGGUCACUUCUCUGGGUUGUUUGUGAAGGCCUGAGGUGGAACAUCUGGAUCCAGUACUUGGAGCAGAGUGAAAGUGUCACUUAAAAAGUAACUUUUCCAACCCCUAUGUGAUAGAUGUAAUACAAAAGUGCAGGAACAAAUGUAUCGUUGAAGGAAAAGAAUGAUGGUAAACCAUUGUGAAGUUGUUCAUAGAAAAUGGCCUCUUUAUUCAACUGCUGCUGUGAAUGUGUCUAAGACUUGUAGUUAAGUGCCUGCAUACAUUAAUGAUUCAGAAAACGAUUAAAUAUGUGGAGACAGACCAUCCACCAUAUUCUGUUUAUAUUUUAAGAUAAGUGUGUAUCUUAAAAUUCUAGGACCAAUUAAUAGCAAGCCAACCAAAUUUACCAAAACAAUUGGUAAAUUUGGUGGUCUAUGGCUUAAAGUUGACCAACAAAAAGACAGAAUUCUGUAGUUGCACUAUACUGAAAUUAAAUCCAGGAAUUCUGCUACUCUGGGUUCUAAGGUGUGUUCAUUACACAAGUGAAGUACUUUUAAUCUUCAGCUCUUUUACACAGGUGAAGACAAAGACUCACAAGAACUAGAUGAUGAUUUGAUGUGGGUAAACUGAAUUUAAUCUGUAUUCAAGGUACAGAUGCUCAAUGAUGGUUAAAAUGGCAAAUCAUUGUUCUAAUGGUUAUCAAGAUAAAACACUUUAUGUAGGCUACUUGUAACUCGUUACUUUGUUGCUGUUAUUUCAUAUAAUCUGAAGCCAACCAUAUUUGGCUACAAAUAGGUCUUUGCUAGAGUUUACCAUUUUACCUGUUAACUGUGUUAUUGAUUGCUAAUAAUGUAUGUUUUGCUUGAUCGUUGUAAUCAAAAAUGUCUUUCUGUACUGAAAAAUGUCAAUAUGAAGUAUACACAAAUAUUUGAGUUGUAGACCUCUUUAAAUGUCCUGAAACAUGGCCCUUAGAUGGAAUGGGGAGAUAAAGCCCAGAAAGAAAAGAAAACUAUGGAAGUUGACAGGGGUCUCAAAAGAGCCAUAUCCUCUGAUCUCUGUAGCCUUCUAAGAUAGACUUUGUUUGUUACAGUUAAACCUCUGUCUUAAGUAUCUGUAACAAAGAAUUAAUGAAGGGCUUUGAAAUAUUGUCUUUUUUGCCAUGAUGCAUUUAACAGAGAACAUUUUAUAUAUUCAAAUGUGUAGUUUGCAACAUGUUACCAAGAAAUCUGAUCAGAAUCACACAUUUUUGAUAUAGCGAUCUCAAAAAUAUAGCAUAAUCCCAAUAUCUUGAAUGAAGCACAUUGAAACUAUCAAAUUACAGGGUUAUGACAAUAUUUGGCCAAUGUCCUAAAUAUCAAAUUCAGCACCUUUAAAUAUAUUUGUUGCGAAUUGUACCACUCCAUUCCAGCUCGAGAUAAACCCGGUAUAAUACCAAACAGGUAUAAACAGGUAUAAUACCAAACCCCCAACGUACCUGUGUGGAGUUUAGGGAAUUAAACUUUUUUUUGUUAUAUGCAUUGUGUGUUUUUAUAGAAUCUGAAGAUGUUGUGCUUUUUACAAGUGGGUGCAUAAAGGUGAAUUACAGAUUGUGGUCUUUAGGUCAUUGAAGUAAAUGGCAAAAACAUAUCAUGGGUAUCACUACCCAGUGAAAUAAGGUAUUAUGCUUUUGCAGCAACUGAACUGUUUCAAAGACCACAAUAACUUGUAGUUUUUUUUGUUAUUUGUAUUAUUGUGAUUAGUUGUGCCUUUAUGUAUAUUAAAAUGUCUGUUGUUUUGUACCAAUGGCUUUCAGUAAACUUUCAACAAAUAACAUUG